UGGCGGCACCCAGGCGCCAUUUCCCCCUCCCCUUCCGCUUUCUCCCACCCUUAGGAGCUUCUCAGUACAGGUCCUGAGGUAGCCUCGUUUCGGGGGCAUCCCGGCGCGAGGACACCCCCCACCCUCCGGAGCGGCGCGCGACCAUGUGGAGGCAACUCGCGCGUCCUCUCCGCGCGCUGCCAAAGAUCCCCGGAGAUUCUUUUUCUGCCAGAGUCCUCAGUGCUGGCCUGAAGAGCUAUGUGCUUCCCCAGGAUUAUACCAACAUCUCCAUCCCUGACAGACCCAAACUGAAGUUCAUGGACAAAGUUCCAAGUGUACCUAAAGUGAGGCGGGAAUUCAAAAACCUACGUGACAUCCGUGGCCCAUCCACUGAGGCCACUGAGUUCACCCAAGGACAGUAUGGCAUUUUGGCAUUGGGUGGUGGUUACCUUCAUUGGGGUCACUUUGAAAUGAUGCGCCUAACCAUCAAUCGUCACCUGGAUCCCAAGAUAAUGUUCGCUGUGUGGCGCAUUCCAGCCCCUUACAAGCCCAUCACCCGCAAGAGCUUAGGCCAGCGCAUGGGUGGGGGCAAAGGUGCCAUUGACCACUAUGUGACAGCAGUGAAAUGUGGCCGCCUCAUUUUGGAAGUGGGUGGGCACUGUGAGUUUGGGGAGGUGGAGCACUUCCUCACACAGGUGGCCAAGAAACUGCCGUUCCCAGCCAAGGCAGUCAGCUGCCAGUCCCUGAAGGAGAUGCGCCAGGCAGAAGAGGAGAGAAGACACAAAAAUCAGAACCCGUGGACAUUUGAGCGCAUCAUCACCUCCAACAUGCUGGGGAUCCGCAAGGUGCUGAGCCCCUACGAUCUGACGCAGAAGGGGCGCUACUGGGGCAAGUUCUUUCUGAAAGACAGAGUGUAAUGACCAAGUGAGGGUAGGAGGGAAAAAUAUCAGGGAUGAGUGCCUGGAAGGAACCUUGAUCCUCAGCAAGUGUGAAGUCCCUUCUGAGUGCAUCCCAUCUUGUUGUGGUAGGCUCUCAGAGGGUGGGCAUUGCUGUGGAGAUCUGCCCCUCAGCUCCAGAGGUGGCUGAGUUGCAUGCAGUAAACAUGGAGGUGUGAGGGGCAGGUUAGGGUAACCAAUGAUCAUUUUGGAUUAUUAAAGCUUUCCUACAGUGUCA